CCCUGCUUCAUCAUACUAGCAUCUUGGAUUCUGAGCUCGUGCUCAAGUCAAGGCCUGCUCUGAUAGCCGAUCACGUCUUUGAGCCCCACUGAGGCUAUCUGAUCAGUGUCGCACCCCUUUCACGCUGUGCUCGCCUGCAGUACCGAUACCUGCUCGUGUCAUGACGUCUACCAAAAAGCACCUAUUCUCGACAUUUGAUGUGACUCGACAGGUGUUUUUUACCUCCAAGCUUUCGCUCGCAAUCGUCAAUCUCAAACCACUGAUACCAGGUCACGUCCUAGUGAUACCUCGUCGAGUGGUCCCUCGUCUAGUGGACCUGGGCUCGGAGGAGGUGUCCGACCUUUUUACCUCCGUACAAACAAUUGGCAAAAUCUUAGAGAAGACUUUCCAGGCCCAAGCUCUGACAAUCUCAAUUCAGGACGGCGCAGUUGCUGGUCAAUCAGUUCCUCACAUUCAUGUUCAUCUGAUCCCUCGACAAUCGACAGACUUUAACGGGAACAAUGAUGAGAUUUAUCCUGCCUUAGAAAGUGCCGAGCAGACCCUGGGGAAGGACUUGGAGAACGGAGCCAAUGUCUCACGGGUUCAGAGCUGGCAGCGAGGCUCACCUGUGGCGUCGCACCGAGAAGAAGGGGGAGCGGAAGGAGGGGGAUGGACAAACCUACGUGAUAUCAUUCCGAAGGAUGAGGACCGUCGAGCUAGGACCGAGGAAGAGAUGCAAGAGGAAGCGAGAUGGUUGAGGGUCGCAAUGAUCGAUGCGGGCGUGACGAUGUGCGAGGACUGA